UCAACCUCCUCCUCCUCUCUUUUCUCACAGUUUUCUGCUUGAAUCCCGGGAAAGAAGUCGCCUAGCCAUGGCCUCAGGCCUGCCCAGUGUUGUAGUGUUGGUUUUAUGUGUGGUCCUGGCUCCUUCUGUAUCAGGGGACAAGGACUGUGACGGCUACUAUGAUGUUUCCAACGUUUACCAACGGCCCCAGAAAUGCAGCAGAGGCUUUUGCUGCGGCAACUGCUUCCACAGAUACUGCUGUCAAGAUAGUUUCUGGAGGCUUUCGGAUUCGCAACUAGACAACUGUGACGAAUUCACGACUCAUAACUCGACAUUGUCCAUGGUCCUUGGUGUUACUGGAUUUAUCAUUGUUUUGGCCAUCUCCAUCUGCUGCUGUGUCUGUCCCUGCUGCUGCCUGUACAAGAUGUGCCGUAAGCCAAGACCUGUGAUUGCUACUACCACCCACACAGUGGUGACCACCGGUCCUCAGAAUUACCCCCAGCAGCCUAUGGCACCAGCCGGACAGCCCCAUAAUUUCCAGGGGGCCCAGUAUCCACCCUACCACGCCGUACCAGCCCAGCCAGGUUAUGGAAGCCAGCCUAUGCCACAGGGCUACGGGACUCAUCCCGCACCCUCAAUGCCUUACCAAGCACAACCUUUCACACCGGGACCACCACCUACAUAUCAAGAAGCCAGUAAGUUCGGUCCUGUCUACCCCACCAGCCCGAUGUCCUAUAGCCAGGCUGCGUUUGCCCCCGGCCAGCCGCCGUACCCUCUACAGCCACCCACGCAGCCGACACAGCCCAACGCUCCACCUGCGCAGCCGGACUUUCUUGCGCAGCCAGCAUUCAACCCAAAUUACGUCGCACCGCCACCCAAGACUGGAUAGUGGACCACAGUGACACAAUCUCAGCCCCUUUGAACAUGCUGCAACAUUUUGGAACAUGGCAGAGCUGGAAGUGCGAGUCGUUACUGAGCAUCUUGAUUCAUGUGUUUCGGUGGUCGUAUAUGAGAAUAUUACAACAUAUUUUCAGUAGAUGUAUUGCAUCUGUUCUUUUGGAAGAGCUGCCAAGUAAAAAUGUUGAAACCUCUUGGCUUGUAUUGCAUGGACAUACAAUACAUACAAUAUACAAGUGGUGAGAUUUUUUUUUUUUGUUACAUUUUCUUUGUGGCUCUAUCUUAGUCAUCUUGGUGAAUUUAACAUUAAGCCACUGAGUCUGAUUUUUAAAGAGUAGAUGGAGUAGCUUUGUCAUUUUUCUGCCUUCUGAACAUGCCUCAACAUCUCCAUCCUAUUAUGGGUCUAGCCUCUAAACGCUGAAUUCGCCUGAUCUCUUAAUCCAUCUACAAUGAUUGGAGUCAGACUCAGUGGUCAAACUUGGGAGGAGUUUUGGUGGUCACGGCCAAAUUGUCUUUUUUCUCACUAUUACAGUGCAUUGAGCCUUUUUUCAUACACUUUCUAACGUGUUGGUUUUGUCCCCAGUGCUUUUUAUGGUGUACAAAGCAUUGUAUGUGUUAUACAUUCCCACUGAAGGAUUUAUGGUGAAUGUGAUUCAUGUCAAUGCCAAGGAGUGAAUGUGCUGUGUUCAGGGGAAAAAAAAGGUUUUCUAAUAACCUUCCAGUAAAAGGGAAUGUUCAUCAUGUUAUAUGCAACCUGCAGAUAUACUGUAGCAUGUCAGCUCAACAAACUAAGCCAUGCAUGCAGGGAAAGUUCACUUUAUUCUUAAUGUGUUCAUGCAGAGGUUGAUUUUACAUGGCAUUUUUCUUUUUCUUUCAUUUCAUUUUUGCUAAGAUUUUUCAUUUAUUUGUCCAUCUGUACCCGUGAUCGAAUGCAUCGGCAGCCUUGAAUGAUAUAACCAAAGGAGGCUUUGUUUUAAUCAGUCAACCAAACACUUCUAUAAUAGUCCACAAAAAGGAGACAUGGCUAUACUCGCAAUGCAAAAACAAUUGUGCCUUGUUAACCGUGUGUGUGUGUUGUUGUUUUUUAAAAUCAAACACAUGUGUGCAUUUUAAUAUGUUUGUUUCAGAUACUGUUGAGUUAUGUUCACUCAGCUUUCAUUCACUUCAGACAGCCACCACCAGACAACAUUUUACCAUGUUCAGCAUUGCUGCCAUCAGUCUAGUCUAGAUAAAUUGGGAAGCCUUUCAACUUUAUGUACAUGUUAUGAAUCUCUAAAGGUAAUUUUCUUACUCAGUAUUUUGCUGAUUGUCUUUUCAUUUCAAAAUCUUUUUUUUCUGGAAGCUAUUGUUACGUUCACAUUUAUAACUGUCACGUUUGAAAAAGUAAGGUCUUUGGUUGGUCUUGGUUUUUGUCUUAACCAAGAAGCCUUCUUUGUUCUGCUCUGCUUUCUCGCUUGUUCCUCUGUGACAAAACCAUCACUUCUGCUUUCUCCUGAUUGGAAUUACUUGAAAAUAGCUUUGCAAAAGUGACCCUUUGUUUUCUUGUGACCAAACUGAAGUUGGAGAAGUACAGUCACAGUUCAUGUGACAGGCUAGACAUUGAUCUGUCCUGUCACAUGAGCAGUGUCCUUGUUAGAAAUCCCUAAUUUUUCUACUUCCCGUAAUUACUCUGUGGUAGUGGUUAAAGAAGAUAGUAGCUAAUAUAUUACAUUACAGUUUGUCAUUAUGUUUUCAUCUUGGGUAAGGGCUUCAGAAUGACUUUCUGCCACAUCUGGGCUGUUGUUUGUUAUAUCCACUGAUGUAUGACCACAUGUCAGAUAAUGAAAGGGGCCGGAUGUCUCCACAUAUCUUUGUAACAGUUUGUGAGGAAUGUACCUGCAUAUGUUUCUUACAUCGACCAAGCCAUUCAUCUGUUGUAGGCUUGCCUUUUGUAUGAUAUCUGCCUUCAUGAAAGUGUUCUGCCUUUGAUUUCACAACUUUUGGCCUGUUUUAUUCUUCAAAGUGACUUUAAUCAGGACUCUUUUUAUUUGUGUUUUGGAUUAUAGCCAUUUGUGUUAUUCAAGAAUGUAAAUACCAGUAGAGAUGUAUUCUGGUUCCAUCUGUGUCAUUCAGAAAUAAUUGAAUAUAUGUACACAUCACAUUCUGUAGAGUUCAAUAAAAAAUAUAUUUUCUGUU